UUGAAUUUAAUCACCUAGCAGCAAUGCCAGCCGAUUACAAUGGAACGUGGGAAAUGGUAUUAAAUGAAAACUUUGAAGGUUAUAUGAUUGCUUUAGGCAUCGAUUUUGCUACCCGUAAGAUUGCAAACCAUCUAAAACAAACAAAAGAAUUUAUUCAAGAUGGAGACAAUUUCAAGACAAAAACACUGAGCACUUUCAGAAACUAUGAAUUGAAUUAUACCAUAGGAGUGGAAUUUGAAGAGCACACUAAGGGGCUUGACAAUCGAGUUGUGAAGACAACAGUGACUUGGGAUGGUGACAAACUUGUCUGUGUCCAGAAAGGUGAAAAAAACAAUAGAGGCUGGAAACAUUGGAUUGAAGGAGAUAAACUGCAUCUGGAAUUGACUUGUGAAGACCAGGUGUGCCAUCAAGUCUUCAAGAAGAUAAAAUAGACUGUUGAAACUGAUGUAGCUGCCACAUUUGUGUU